CGCCCCGCGACGGGCCUGCCGGGGCCCGCUGCAGGGAGCGGAAGGACACGUUCCGUGUGGAGGGCGAGUGUGAACAUGGGUUGUGAGCGUGUACUCGAAAGUCGCUGGUGGAGGCAGGACGCCCCCGGGUCCGGGAGUCGUCCCACCGAGCAGCCGCCACAAGACCCCAGCUGCGCGAUGCUUCAAAGCCUGCAGCAGUCGUACCACCGUCCACUUCCCCCCAUCGUCCGACGCGCCCCGCCCACUGUCACCCGCCGACGUCUUCGCGUCGUCCCCAACUCAUUUCCGCCGGCUGCGAGCAGCGAAUGGGAGGGAGUGGUUUGCGAACCCCAGCAAAAGUGGUCACAAACGGGAUCGGCUAUUCUCUCAUCUCCUUCGGCCUUCCGGGCUCUGUAGUAUCGACGCUCUGCAUCCGACUAUAUACCUCCUCUUGCGUGGCCGGUGCUACUCAGUCGUUUCCGAACCUUCCGGACAGGGAUCGCGCUUCCGUUCAGGGCUCCCGAGUGCUCCGCUACCGAUACCACCACCACCAUAGUUCCAGGAGACGAUACCUCCCACAUCACACGCCAUGGCCACAGCAGGACCGUCGCUGCCCACUGCGAGGACAAUCCAGGUUGACACGCGUGGGGCAAUGAUCCUGGAUGAGGAGUCACCUGAGACGCGCGACUCUCGCGGCAUCUACUUUCCCAACUAUAUCGAGCCCGUCUCGCACAUCGCUGUCGACAUUGGCGGAUCGCUAGCGAAAGUCAUCUACUUUACCCGAUCUACGAACCCGCCGUCCUCGCCAUCCCAGAUUGCAACGCGCGGAUCCUCGCCCAGCAACGUCCUCACCCCCCUCUCCUCGUCCCCGCCCAAGGAUAGCCCAUUAUCCUCACCGUCGGCGCGACCCAAUGGCCACAGUCACAACGGCCCCACCCACAACAGGGGCGCCCUCACACCAGCGGUUCUCGAGCACGUCAACGGCAAUGGCUCAUCGUACCUCGACGCGAUACCCCACCCAGCAGCAGCCGCCGAGGCGACCGCCGCGUCCGCAACCUCCACCCUGAACGGGACCGCGACCGCGUCGCUCUCCCCCCAAUCGCUGAACGCGAGCCACCUGCACGACUCGCUCCUCAGGCGCGCGUCCGUGCAGCACUUCCCCGGGGGCUCGCUCAACUUCGAGCGGUUCGAGACGGAGCACAUCGAGGACUGCGUCGCGUUCAUCCGCGCGCUGAUCGAGCGUUCCGCCGAGAUCAACGGGGUCUCGCUCGCGGACAUGCGCCGCGGCGUGCAGGUCGUCGCGACGGGCGGCGGCGCGCACCGCUUCUACGCGAUCCUCGAGCGCGAGCUGCGCGUGGACGUGCACCGCGAGGACGAGAUGGCGUGCCUCAUCGAGGGCCUCAAGUUCAUCACGCUCAUCCCGGACGAGGUGUACUACUUCUCGGACGAGCUCAUCCACUCGGUCUCGCACCCGCAGCAAUCGCAGCAGCAGCAAUCACAACAGCCCGCGACGCUCGAGCGGCCGAGCCCGGACCCGCCAAAGUACGCGGUGUCGUUCGUGCAGGACCCGGUGCCGCAGCUCCCGUGCUUGCUCGUGAACAUCGGGUCGGGGGUGUCGAUCGUGAAGGUGGACGAGGACGGGUCGUACGAGCGUGUCAGCGGUACGAGUCUGGGCGGGGGGACGCUGUGGGGUCUGCUCAGCCUGCUUACGCCCGCGACGACGUUCGACGAAAUGCUUGCGCUGUCGGAAAAAGGCAACAACGAGACGGUGGACAUGCUCGUCGGCGACAUAUACGGGUCGGACUACAGCAAGCUCGGGCUCAAGUCGACGAUGAUUGCGAGCACGUUCGGGAAGGUGUUCAAGAAGCAGGGCAGGAAGAAGGGCACGUUCAGGGCGGAGGACAUCUCCAAGUCCCUGCUGUACGCGAUCUCGAACAACAUCGGGCAAAUUGCGUACAUGAACGCAGAGAAGUACAACCUGGACCGGAUAUACUUUGGCGGAUACUUCAUUCGAGGUCAUGCGGCGACCAUCAGCACGCUGUCGUACGCUAUCCGGUUCUGGAGCAAAGGCACGAAGCGGGCGCUCUUCCUGCGACACGAGGGCUUCCUGUGAGUGGUGCUGCUGUGUGUUAUUCUCGGGAUUAGCGUCAAGCGGUCCUGUCGUGCAAGAACGUUCGCUGAUCUUCCCGUGUCCGAUUUCGCAUUCGCACUGCCGCCGUCGUUCGGGGCGCGCGCUCGCGGUCGGCGAUGCAGUGGGGCGAUUGGCGCGUGGAUCAAGAAUAUCGGCGAAGGGCAGGAAGCCGACCCGGCGAGCUAGAGCAUCGGUUUAAUAGCUCAGAGUAUCGCUCAAGCGCGUGCUUACUUGUGGACGAGGUCGGGUCUUGUAGGGACUGGAGCGGCGGCGGCGGCUGGGCUUACGGUGGAUCGUGAACUAAUCGGCGACAGCGGAUCUAAUAAAGUACGUGUACGUAUAAGUAAUAUGACAGGCCGCACGCGCUGCGCCUUGUACAGCCAGCGAGGUGGCUUC